GGUCUUAGAGGGCUGCGGAAGGGGAGGGGGUGUGGGCGAGAUUCUUGGGGGCUGAUGUGUGUGUGUGUGUGACUCUUGAGUGUGUGGGUGUGUGCUGUAUAUAUUAUUAAUAAGGUGGGCCUCGACUUCCCACGGGAGAAGACAAUGUGCUUGUGGUUUUAAAAAACAUAUCUGAUGGGGGUGUUUUUUAGGUAACUAUAAUCAAUAGCGGGGGCCUCUUGGCUCCCGUGUCAAUAGCAGGGGCCCUGUGGUUCACAUGAGAUCAUUUUAAUACCAUUUUUAUAGUAGAUGGGGGGUUUCUUUGGACUGAUCCGUGGGGGUCUUUUUUAGCUAACUAAUCAAUACUAGGGGCCUCAUGGUUUGUAUAAAAAAAAAGACAAUGUGAUUGAGGCUUUAAAAAACAUAUCUGGCACUUAAACAUUCCUCCCCUAUUGUAUAAAAUGGAAUAAAAGGCAAGUGUCGACGGUAGGUUUCCAGAUCACUCGCAAAAAUCAGCGAACAACGUCAAGACAGAGAGUUUGAACACAGAGCCUGGAGACGACUACAAGACAUCGGACAUUGACAUGGGCUGUUGCAUGUACGAGAGCUGCAUCUUCACCAAUUGAAGUGAUCGAUCUGACUUCACCGCCACCAGUGGCCCUAGUGUUACCGGUCCAAAACCCAAUGCAGGGAUUUAAUGUGGACUUUAUAACGCCUCAAAACCAGGCACAAGGAUUUGUAGAGGGCGAUCGCUCUACGAUAGACGGGGCAGUUUGGGGACAGACUUCGGGAUUCGUGGAAAACACUUUAACACCGCCGGUCCAAAACCCAGUGCAUUUUAUUGUGGGGUUUACAAGUCCAAACUCAAGUCACGGGAUUGCGCCACUGACGCCCUCAACGCUGGAUGUGACAGAGGGAGAAAACGACACAGAAUUCGAGGAAAACACAGCAGAGUCCGAUGUGGGACAAGAAACGGGACAGGAGGAGACAUCUGACGCUGGAGUCUACAACCAGGAAAGAUUUCAUUAUUUUCCAGAUAGUGAAAGUGAAUAUGUUGACAUGCAAGCUCUCAAUCAGAGGGAUAUAGUCUCAGACAGUGAUGGAAUUGAAACAGUGGAUUUCAACACCUCUGUGCUAAUUGUCAAACAAGUGUUCAGAAGAUACAUGUAUGAUAUAGCAUGUUUAAAUCGCCGCAUGAUUGAGAAUAUAUAUAAUCAACUUAGACAGAACGUUAGACGCAGGCAUUCCGUCAAUUCAUAUUCAGCUAACGCUAGACGUGCCACUCGUGAACAAAGAACACUGCCACAAAGAGUCCAUCGCAGGUUGCAAUUUGAAGACUAAUUUUUGAUCGGGUGAUAAAGACAAAUGGCUGAACCAGAUCACAACAAUUCCCCUGAAAUUAGAGAGCAUCUCCUCCACUUGAUCUCUGAGAUAAACCGAGAAAGAUCUGAAGGCGGGGCUAAUCAGGGUUCUCCCCGAAACAUUCCAAUUCUGCCUCAGCAUGAUUCACCUGAAAGAGGGGGAGAAGUUUUUCUUCCAUCCCCUGAUGAGCUAAUUUCCUUACUCCAAAUGUACAGAUACCCCUCCCCCGUUCCUUCGCCCGUAUCGCAAAGCAAUGUUGAAUCAGGACCUUGGUCUCCAUCAGACAGUCAGUGUUGUGAUGCACUCAACAUUCUGGAAAGAGGUCAUCAGGUGGGGGGUGGGGGCGAGGGUGAACAGACAGAGAGCGUCAUCAAUCAGAGUAAUGAGGGUCAAUCUACAUCUACGGGGAUAAACAACACAAAUAGUGCGGCUGUUAAUGUUCCAGCACCUUGCACUAGUGAUGACAUGCAUGUCACAAACCGUGAAAGAUUUAAUAAUGUUGAGAUUCGCUCUUUCCUUCGCUUUCCACCACCAUCUGCAAUUCCCAAUUUUCGUGAAUUUUAUUUGAAUGUCACAAAUGGUUUUCGCGAUAGGAUUUCAAGCAUGAUUCACAGAGCUGAUGUCCAACCAAAUGACGUUAUCCAAGUUAAUCUGCGUGCUGAUCGUUUGCAAGACGAUGUCUCAAUGAGCGUGCGUUAUGGAGAGGGGACAGUGUCACAAUUACAGGAACUUUUAGACAGAUUAGUCCAGAGUAAUAUGUCUGUUUUCACCGAUGGAUCGCUUGAGCUAAUUGUCAAUUUUGUGAAGGCUCCGCGGGGAGGGGGUAAGAGAUGAAUUGAAUCAUGUCUUGCGAGCGAAAUUGUGAAGAAAAAAGCACGACAUUUAUUUGUACUCCCCAAUCCUGAUCAAACAUGUUUUGCUGUAAAGUUAGCAUUACUGACAAAUCCCAAGUUGACGAUUAUGGAAGCCAUAAAGGCAGGCUGUGACAUCCACACCAGAGCAGGUCUGACUGCUGAUACAAUGGUCACAUUCAAUGAUGUUGUCAAAUUUGAGGAGCUGUUAGCGUGUAAAAUUGUUAUCUUUUACCAAACGUCUGACAGAGAAAAAAACAAAAAACAACAACCUGGUUACAUUUCAAACAGGAACACCCGAACGAGACACAAUACGGUAUCUGCUUUUACACAAUAAUCAUUUUUACGGGAUAAAUAAUAUUAAGGGAUUUCUAGGUGUGAAGUUUUUCUGUAAACAUUGUCACACAGGGUAUCAGUGUCAAUAUAAACAUUUCUGUGAAAAAAGCUGCAACAUCUGUUGCACAGAUUGUAAACAGGGUCCAAUUCAAAAAACCUACUGUGCUGAUUGCAAUCGAUUCUGUACAAAUAGACAAUGCUACGAACGACAUCGCGAGAAAAAAUGGCAUCCGAAAAUCAAAAAGAUGGCCAGCAAGUGUCAGACCAAUAAAACAUGUCCUAGAUGUAAAUCAUUGUACUACAUAUCUAUCAGAGAUCCUAAAGAGCAUACUUGUGCUAUCAAGAUGUGCACAAUUUGUAAACAACCUAAAACAACAUUGUCGUCUCGUAACAAUGAGUUAGAGCAGACAUCAGCUAAUAACUCUAUGAUUGAAAGCGGCGAAGAUAAACAUGUCUGUUACAUGCGUACAAAACGAAUCAAAUCUGAAAAAGAAAUACAUGAAAAAAAGAUUGUAUUUUUUGAUUUUGAGACUUCUCAAACCACUGGAACCCAUCUUCCGGUGCUUGUAGUGGCUCAGUCACUUAAUGGUGAGCGCCGUGUCUGGAAGGGGCAUUCAUGCGCUUUAAAAUUUCUUCUCCAUUUCCGACAGAAAAAACAUAAACAGACAACUUUCAUUUCCCAUUUUGGCAAAGGUUUUGAUCAUCAUAUCAUCUUGAAUGCUUAUGUAACUCAAGGUUUGUCACCGUCUGUGAUAGCACAAGGGAGUAAAAUAAUCCUGAUCCAUGAUAAUGACUUUCAACUUAAAUUUAUUGACUCGUUCUCAUUUAUUCCUAUCCCACUCAGAGACUUUUCCAAGGCGUUGGGAUGUAAGACACAGCUUAAAAAAGGUUACUUCCCACACAGAUUUACCGAUCUUUCAAAAAAUGGCUAUAGAGGAAGCUAUCCACCGGCCGAGAUGUACUCACCCGACGAAAUGAGUCCAAAACAAAGAGAGGAUUUCCUUGACUGGUAUCAGACUGUCAAAGAUCAAGAGUUUGACUAUGAUGCAGAGUUAGUAUCUUACUGUGAAAAUGAUGUUGAAAUCUUAGCCGAGGGUGCAAGCAAUUUCCGUAAUGAAUUCAUAAAAACAACCGACUGUGAUCCUUUUGACAGUGUGACCAUUGCUUCAGCAGCUUUGAAUGUCUUUCAAACUAAAUUUUUAAAACCCAAUACAAUCGCGAUUCCCUGUCCUAACAAUUACAAAACAAACAGCAAGGCUUUCUCACAUGCGUCUAUACAGUGGCUUGAGUAUGAGGCCUUCUCACGGGGGAUUUCAAUAAGACAUGCUUUGAACGGCGGUGAAGUUAAAUUUGGGCGUUAUUCAGUUGAUGGAUAUGGAGAGUUAAAUGGAGGGAAAGUUGUCUUUGAAUUUCUAGGCUGUUAUUUUCAGUGCUUUAUGGGAAGUGAUGUUUCUCCACUGUCAAAGACUUGUUUUAGCAAGGUGUACUCUGACACUAUGAAAAGGCUGAAUCGAUUACAGAAAGACUACAAGGUGCAAACUGUGGUGAUCAAGUGGGAACACGAAUGGUGUGUACAGAAAAAAACAGACCCGAAUGUUAAAUCUUUCUUAGAGAGGUUUCAAGAACCAAUUCCGUUAGAUCCCAGAGCAGCCUUAUAUGGAGGCCGUACGGCUGCUAUCUGUCUCCGCCAUGUUGUCAGCCCAGGUGAGCGUGUAAAUUACGUUGAUUUCACAUCGUUGUAUCCGUUUGUAAAUGCACAUUUUCACUACCCAUUAGGGCAUCCGAAAAUAAUUCGAAAGGAUUUUGACAGCAUUGAAAAUUACUUUGGAUUAAUACAUGCUAAAGUUUACCCUCCACGUCAACUGUAUUUCCCUGUACUGCCUAUAAGAAACAACAAAGGGAAAUUAAUUUUCACACUAUGUCGAUUAUGUGCACUCAUGAACAAUCAAACUACUGACUGUAGACACAAUGAUGAAGAACGGGCCCCUCCAAGGGGUGUGGGUAACGAUAGAAGUAAUCGAGGCACUGCGAAAGGGGUAUUUUCUGGCUGAAAUUUACGAAAUAUGGAACUUCGAAGAGAAAUCAGAUGUGCUGUUUAAAGACUAUAUCUACACUUUCCUUAAACAGAAGCAAGAGGCGUCGGGCUACCCUAGCGGAGUUGAAACUCUUCAGACUAAACAGGGUUACAUCCGUGACUAUAAAGAGAAGCAAGGUAUCGAUCUUGAUCCGGAGAAUAUUGUCUACAACCCCGCAAAAAGACAGAUUGCCAAACUACUGCUAAAUUCUCUCUGGGGAAAACUAGCACAAAGAUCAAACCAGCUCUAAACCAGUCUGGUGAGCACACCGCAACGCUUUUUUGAAUUUCUCUUUUCUAGCAAGUACGACAUUUCACAGUUUCACUUCAUAAAUGACGAUAUUGCACUUGUUCAAUGGCGCCAUAAUUCUAGGUGCGUCUUACCCCCAGGCGACGCAAAUAUUUUUCUAGCGGCGUUCACAACUUCUUAUGCACGACUUGAACUUUACAAGCAAUUAGAUUUGCUCCAAGAUCGUGUUCUGUACUGUGACACUGAUUCUAUCGUUUACACAAGCACCCCCUCUGAUCAAUAUAACCCUCCACUCGGUAAUUAUCUCGGAGAUUUGACAUCGGAAUUAGAUCAUGGAGACUACAUAUGCAACUGGAGCGCUGCGGGUCCCAAAUCGUAUGCCUAUCUCACACAACAGGGUAAGGUGACUUUACGUGCUAAAGGGAUUACACAAAAUUAUGAAAACUGUAAAAAAUGAACUUUGACAGCCUCACAGAUCUGGUAGAGGGAUAUCUCAGAGAGCCGGACAAUCGGCGUGAAAUCUCUACACAUUACAAUAAAAUUACUCGCAAUAUGAAAGCCUUUGAACUCACUAAUAAACAACGCAUAAUCAACUUCGCAGUUGUCUAUGAUAAAAGACGACUCCUUGCAGAUGGAAAAACAUUACCAUUUGGUUAUUAGUUCCAGGAUGAAACGGCAGCAAUUUCUGAAAAGGACUGUGUAGAUUUAUGACGGUAUGACCUGAUGACUUUUCUACCCAGACCUUUUUAGAAUUAUAUCAUUGUUUUGUAAUUCUAUUCUGUUUUUUAUAUUUUUUAUCAUGUACAUAGCAAACAUAGCAGAACUAUUAGUUUAAACACUAAUUAUAUGGUCCUUUUCAAAUCGCCUCGUGAUAAACUGCAGAUUAGAAUUCUGGCUCAGCAAAUGUUCCCCGGACGAAGAGAAUAAUUUCUUCAGAGUUUUAAUGAUGCGACUAAAGACCCCUACUCAUAUUUAAUCGUGGACUUAAGACCCUGUCUCUCUUUUGGUUUUAGACUGAGCAGGGCUUUUAAAAUGGGGAGGUUUCUUUUAAUCCGCUUUGACAUGGUUUAAAUCACUUUUUAUACUGAUACACUACAGGCCACUCGUGUGGAAGUAUGCCGCUUCUCAGUCGGAAAUAUUCUGGACAGUCGGGUCUUAAGUCCACGAUUAAAUAUGAGUAGGGGUCUUCUGCUAUGUUUUCCUUGAUGAAACAAGUUUUGAACUAGAAAGAUUACAGAUAAUUUUCGAUGAUGUCUAUACAUUGUAAAUGCCUUCAUUAAUUCAUCAUGAUUCGCCCCAACGUCCAUGCAAUCAUCGACAACUAAAAGACUGUGCUGAUUUGAUGGAAAAAUAUUUUCAUCCGUCAAAGAGUCAGGGAUUCCUUCAAUAAAUUUAAUCUUUACAUCUCUAGCCAAUUCAUCAAACAUGGGUUGGUAGGAUGAAUAGCUCCAGAUGAUUCGAUCGGGAACUCUGGAAAAAGUGUACGUGGCGGCUUUGUACUAAAAUAUUCACAUUCAGCAAGUGACAACUCUGAAAUGAAAAGGAAUGUUGACUUUGGAGCAACCUCAGAGUUUUCCUCAGCUCUCUUCUUUUGGUCUGCAAAGGCGUAUCACUGAUGGUGAAAAUGUGUUUGUGUUGUGUGGAUGUGUCUGGGAUAAGACGUGAAAUAACAGGUGACUUUUCUUUGCCAUGAAGAGCAUCUUGAUGCUUUAUCCUGGCCUACACGUGUGGACGUACUCUACCUUCAUCCACUACCCAAUAUCAAAAUGACUUCAAUCCAAACCUUUGUGCGCUUUAUUCUGAAAAGCCACCUGUCACAUUUACUGUUCGUGUGUCAGGAUCUGGUUAUUAGAAGCAUAUGUGUAAUAUGAAUGUUUUACCACAAUAAUACAUUCAUUGGUAUCAGAAAUACAUACGUUGCUUUGGUGCUGACCUCCUGUAUGUUUCUCAUGUAUAAUCAGCACAUUCAAAGAUACAUACUGUAUAUAAUGACAUGUCCGUGUAUGAGACAAAAAGUCAAAUUUAUGAAAAAAAAUCAUAAUUAUGAAUUAAAAACUCAAUAUUAUGACAAGAAAUCGAAAUUCUGAUAUAAAAAGUCAAAUUAUGUGUCAUGUUCUGUGUUCUGCUCUGCUGCCCUCUGCUGGUUAUGUGUUGCAGCACAUCCCUGAACAUGACCCAGACCUAAUUACACACACCUGCAGCUCAUUACCACCGGCCUACUUAAGCUCCAGCCAAACUCCAGACCAGUGCCAGAUUGUACUCCUUGACUCCUAGACAACCUGCUCCCUGUACCGCUUUGUCCGGCUCCCUGCUCCUUACCCUGCUCUCUGGCUCCCUGCUUACCUGUACCUACCUGCUAGUCUUUUGUGAUCUUCUCCUGUAAGGUUUGCCUGCAGUGUAUUUUUGUUAUUCCUAGUUUUUGUCCUAACAGCCUUUUGCUGUUAGUGUUUUUUGUUAUUGACUCUUCCCUUGCUGGAUUUUCCUUAUUUGUACUUUGUAUUUUCGU